AUGGAGCUCUAUGACCAGGAUUUCUUGGAGGAAUUGAUGACUCUAAGAAGAGAAACAUGGGACACCAAUCCAAGCACAGAAGAACACCAGUUCUUCUGUAAUGGCUGGAGCAGUUUUGACUGUUUUGAUCAAAACUCUCUACCUUACCUCCCAAACUCUUCUUGUGGUCAAGAAGUUCCUCAAAGCUACAACGACUACCCCUUCAAUGAAAUGUAUGGCUCUUUACUCGAUGAAUCCUCACCUCAGAUUAUCGAUUCAUACUAUAAUACCCUUGAUACUCCACUCAAUACCCUUGGUCACGAGGAUCAUCCAUUGUCCAUUAUGGAAGAAGACGACCCCGGUAUGCUUGGGGAAGAGCUCAAGAACUUGGAGCUGCAAACAACAUGCAAAGUAGAGCCAACUCAAUCCUCUGAAAUGCCAGUUUUCAACAUGGGAACGGGUCUGGAAAGAAAGAAUCGGUCAAAGAAGCUUCAGGGGCAACCAUCCAAGAAUCUAAUGGCGGAGAGGAGAAGAAGAAAGAGAUUAAAUGAUAGGCUCUCAAUGCUGAGAGCAAUUGUCCCCAAGAUUAGUAAGAUGGAUAGAACAUCUAUACUUGGAGACACUAUUGAUUACAUGAAAGAACUUCUGGAGAAGAUCAACAAUCUUCAGCAAGAAGUAGAAGUAGAUUCAAAAAUGGCAGGCAUUUUCAAAGAUGUAAAGCCAAAUGAAAUCCAAGUUAGAAAUUCACCCAAGUUUGAAGUGGAGAGGAGUGUGGACACACGGGUGGAAAUUUGCUGUGCAGGAAAGCCAGGAUUGUUACUAUCAACAGUAAACACCCUGGAAGCAUUAGGCCUUGAGAUUCAACAAUGUGUUAUCAGCUGUUUCAAUGAUUUCACAAUGCAGGCUUCUUGCUCAGAGGAAUUGGAACAAAGGGCAAUGCUGAGUUCUGAGGAUAUAAAACAAGCAUUGUAUAGAAGCGCAGGAUAUGGAGGAAGGUGUUUAGAACUCAGAUUAGAGUUGCCAUUGGUAUAUAAUCCAAGAGAAUCUUUCAGAUAUGACCAAUGCCCUGGCGGCACUGCUUUUAAGAAAGCUCAAAUGUGA